UGAUGCCCAUCAUCACGCACUGCAAUUACUGACAGUCGACCUUGCGCAUCCUCAACUAAAUGACCGCAAAAAACUCGCGGAAACAGGGUGUUCCAGUCAAAUCUAAGCUUAAGAAAGAUCCUGGAAUUCCUAGACUCCCAGAUAUCAAGGUCAAGAAUGCGGAGAAGCAGAGGGCCCGCGUUCCUUUGCCCUCCAGGCCGGAUCCCGACAGGAUCAUGGCUUCCGAGCCCAGUCUAUUCACCCUGAAAAACACACUAGAGAACGAGCCUUUGUCAUCUGAAAAAAUCAAAGAACAAGCUCGGCGGCACUACAUCAGAGCACUACACAAAGUGAUCGACCAAAGCGACAUCGUGAUCCUCGUGUUGGACGCUCGAGAUCCAGAAGGAUGCAGGAGCCGUCUAGUUGAGGAAGAGGUCCUGCGACGGGAGAGCGAAGGCAAAAAGCUGAUAUUUGUCUUGAAUAAAGUGGACUUGGUCCCUCACGCUAAUGCCCAAGCUUGGUUGAAACAUCUCCGGCACUCUACUCCUACUCUACCAUUUCGGUCACCGUCUUCUGCACAGCAUCAGCGCACCAAUAUCUCGUCAUCCACCGCCCCCGCCCUUGUCAAGCUGCUCAAAGCAUACAAGCCCUCGGCAGGAAGCGUCACUGUCGGAGUCGUUGGCUAUCCUAACGUGGGGAAAAGCAGUUUAAUCAACUGCUUGAAGAGAAGCAAAGUGUGUGCUGUAGCAGCCCAGGCAGGUCACACGAAAGACCUUCAAUCUGUGCAAUUAGAACGUGGCAUGCGCAUAAUCGAUUCCCCUGGAGUUGUUUUCGAUGACGACGACCAGAAAGCAGGGAAUGUUCUACUUCGAAACGUCGUAAAAGUGGAGGACAUUGACGAUCCGAUUGCAGUCGUGGAGGAGAUCGUAUCUCGGACACCUUCAGAAACAUUGCAGAAAAUAUACAACCUCCCCGAGUUCACGUCGACGCUUGAAUUUCUUACCAUGACUGCUCUGAGUAGUGGUAGAUUAUUGAAGGGCGGGACACCUGACUUGACUGCAACUGCAAAGCAUGUCUUGAACGACUGGAACCACCAGAAGAUCCCUUAUCAUUCAAAUCCUCCAGAGAUACAUCCAUCCAUGAUACCUUCAACUGUGGGAUCUGGCAGCACGGCCAUGGUUGCUCCUGGUGCUGAAAAUGUUGGCCAGGCGCAGAUCAUCAGCCAGUUCUCCGCUCCGUUUUCACUACCGGGCCUUUUCGGAGACGCAGACGCCGGAGCAUUCGGCAGCGAUGUUAACAUGGAAGCCGACGAAGACGGCGAUGUGUUUGUCGACGCGAUGGACGAAGACGAGUAAGUGGUAAUUCUAUCCUGGAGCCUCUAUACUGAGGCGUUUCGCAGAUACGCGAUGCAGGCCCAGGCCGAAGCACCGACUGUUACUUCGAAAAAGCGUGCCAGAUCGCCAUCGCCAUCGCCCUUUCCCUUCCAAUCGGCAGAAAUCAUGGGACAAAUAAAUGAGAGAUAUUCGCAUCGUCAACCCAAGCGGAUGAGGAAAAAUUUCUCUGCAUUACCCGAGCAGGAACAAAAUCCUCUCGGCCGUGCUGCACUCAAAAAGGAAGCGAAACGCAAUCGUAAGGCUGCGCGUCAAGCAGCUCGAUUAGUGGAUGGAGAGAUGCAGAUAGAUGCCGACAAUGCCGAGUUGUUGUAGCUAAUGAUGUCUUAUUUGUGUCCGUGACAAACAGUCGCAGUGGCGGUGACCCGUAGACCUGACUCAGCUGAUUACCAAAGGUUCCAGGAAGGCCCAGGAUUCAAAUGGCGCUGUGGGCAUUCAUCUAACGCGAUGCACAGAUGCAAAGCAACCCCCAAAUUCAGAACAUUCCUCAAAUCCAGGCCGUUCCUAAUCCAUCACCAACCCGAACAUCACGCAAACGAAAGUCGCCUCCCGUUAACAUUGAGCCGGAACCGCAUACCCUGCAGCACAUGGUCCCAAUGAGCGCCAUUCCACCUCAAUACCAAUACAAUACGGACUUCAGCCCAGCAGGAAUGCCACCGCCCCCAAAUAUGGAGAUGCCGCAGAAUGACGCCGAGUCCGCGGCAGGAGGACGAGUCCUGAGCACCAGUAAGCGUGCAGAACAGAAUCGGAAAGCCCAAAGAGCAUUCCGAGAGCGUCGUGACCAGCAUGUUAAGAAUCUUGAAUCCCGCUCGUUACUCCUCGAAGCCGCUCUUGCUUCCGCCGAUGAAGCCAACCGACGCUGGGAAGAGUGCCGUGCCCUUCUCGACCAACUUCGCGUAGAAAACGCUGCGUUGCGUGCUGCGCUAACUCAGCAAGCCCAGCUCCCUAUCGCCCCUCCUCCACCUGCGCACACAAUCGACGACACGGGCGCUGACCACGCAGCUGCAGAGGCCAAACACCACUUGGGUGAUAUCCUGAAGGAGCAGUGAGGGCUCCGAUAGGUCAGAUUCUUUUAGCGGAGGCUGGCGGUCCAUCACGCCGUCGACAACUCUUGAGCACUUUUGUAUAAUUAGCAACGCAUGUCUUGAACUCGAUACUGUGGUCUGGUAACUGGAAUGUAGUCGUGGUGUAAAUGAAAAGCUGGUGAGGUUUAUGUAAGGUGAUUCUUUGUCACCCGUCCUCUGCAGCAUGCAUAAGUAAGCUGGGAGAACAGCCUGGAACUUGCAUAAUUUCCGUCUUGUUCGUGGCCGACUGGUAGCACUCGCCAUCACCGGGUUUACUUAUGAAUCUUCUUCGCCGAGGCUCUAGCUCCAGGACUGACGGACCACGUCCAACGCUCAUGGACAGAGCACGGCCUCACGUCCUCGACUUGAACCACCAUCAUGUCUCAAUCGGCAUAUGUGAAGCAUCAUGUCCUUGUCACCGGCUUCGGGGUGGGGUGAAACUCCAGCUUUCGAAGUGUUCUCAAAUUCCUCUGCCUAGCCGUUCGGAACAUUCAAGGAAAAUCCAUCCUGGCUGGCGGUUAGCAUGUUACACGAUACCUUGAUCACAAGUGCUCCUGAACGGGGAGCUUCCUCGAAAAAUACCAAACGGCCGAUGAUCCAUCUGACCUGCGUGAACGUCUCAACCGUAUAUUCUACAGUUCUCGACACAGUCCCUGGUUUCCAUGCUCAGCCACCGAUACUUCCCGAUGACCGUAUUCCUACCGGCCGGGCGCUCCCAGAAAACGGUUUCGAUCUCAUCAUUCACGUCGGUGUGGGCGACCCUGGUGGCCUGUGUGCGGAACGUCUGGCGCGCAAGUCUGGAUACCGACUGGCGGAUCACGAACAGCGCCGCCCACCUCUGGCUGAUGGCAAAGGGCCCUCGCGGGGCUUUGGAGCUCCCAGAUACGGGAAGGCCUUUCCGGAAGAACUCUAUCCUCUUGUCGAUGUUGACGGACUUGCCGAGGAGAUGAGCGCUGGGCCGGACCCCGUCAUGCUUCAACCCUCCGACGAUGCCGGACUGUUUCUCUGCGAAUUCAUAUACUACUGCUCUUUGGCGGAAUCGCAGAGAGCGGGACGGAGUACACGAGUCCUAUUUGUCCAUUGUCCGCCUGUGAAGGACAAACUGUCCAGUGAGGAGGUUGCUCAUGGACUGCGCAGGAUUAUACAGCAUAUAUGUAGUCGGAGCUGAGAUUGUUUUAACGUGAUCACACGAUCGGCCAUUUUUACACGUAUUUCUUGAACCGCGGAGUCGAUAUCGCAGUCCGAGUGCUGAUGAGACGGAAACUGCUGGCCUUGCACACGAUAGUCACGUCUCACGUGAAGUGACGAUCGCGUCCCAUCCUCCUCACCACUCAUGUCACCAGAGAACCAAUGGUUGAAGAACUACCUUCUUGAGAUCGCUGAAUCUUACGGUGCCAAUUCUUUCGCUGCGCCGCGUCAUGAGAAAGGGAAGAGAGUACGGGUAUCUGAGUUUCUGACGCUGGAUUCCGAAAACAAGAAUGCGACCGUGUGGGCUCAUGUACACGACGAAGAGCUAGGCAUCCCCAUCAAGUUCUCUAAGGAAUCCGUGGCUUUGUGUGCCCAGAGCGGUCGCCGCCUCACUGCCACUAGGAACCCGCUGCUGACUAUCAAGGCAUUCAAGCCUUUCUGUGCUCGUAUUCCUCUGGGUCGGGAUGGAGGAAUGUCGAUCGAGUCACGCGUGGCUUUGGAAUGUGGGUUUGUGUCCGUAGCAGAUAGUCUAGGGGGUGCGCCGAGUGCAUUCCAGCCGAUCGAGUCUAUCGAGCCAUUGCGUGCAUGGCAGCGGGGUUUGAGAGAGGACGGCGGAGCUGGCAACAUACUCAAAGAACGGAAGAAGACAAACGAAAGAACUACAAAUUUGGGUCUCAUUAAACGCCCACCAAACGCAGAGCCUGGAGCCCUGGACUUGUCCAAGAAACGGGGAGACUCCAUGAAGAAUUACAACGAAAUAUGGCGAGAGGCCAAUAUCGUUUCUUGGAUGCGGCCUCAAGUCAAGUCAGCAGAUAUGUUCUCUGUCGCUGCCGAAGAUGCUCGCGCGCUGGGUUCUUCUCCCAGCCCAUCACAGCAAUACUCCGUUCCAUCAUCACCCAUCAGCAACUGGUCUCUAUCCGACCACGAAAGAGCUUCUCCGUUUCCCGAUGCGCCGGCCCAUUUCGUUCCAUCAUCAUCAUUGUCAAAAGAUGCUUCUUACCUCUCUGCACCAACUCCAGCUCAACGUCCUGUGACGGAUCACACUCUUAUUCUGCGGAGAGUGGCACGACCACCUUCUCCGCUGCCUGUCGGCUUGGGUCCAUCUGAGGUCCUGGUUCCUGACUCGGACGCGUCUCAGUCGCAGUCGCAGUCGCAGUCGCAAUUGCCGUCGCAGUCGCGGUCAUAUCCAGAGUCACAACCCUGCUCUCAAAACCAGCCGCAGCCGAAGUCGCAGCUCCCUGCAAGUCCGCAGUUUCCUAUCGCGGCGGGACUUGUCGAGGUCGAGAUGAUCGAUGCAGACGAUGCACGAACCCAGGAAUCUCUCUUCGGUCACCUGUCCGAGGAGAAGCUCCGGAAACAAGAUGAUGAUCCGGGAAUCAACAUGGCCCGGUCUUCAACUUCGACUUUUUUGGUGUCUUUCGAUGCACUGACGAAGACGGCUGCGACAAUAGGAUGGGAGCAGCUUUAUACUGUUUAUGCACGAAUCUGACGCUUGCGAUCCUACCAGUAGAUUUUAUAGAUCACUUGAGCUUGUGCUCAGAGCAUCUUUG